GGGAGGAGGAGGAGGAGAGCGGGAGGAGGAGAGGGCGACCAGCCGCUGACGAACACCGAGCUCCAGGCGCGUUGUUCCCCGAAGUCCUUUGAAAUCUAUGUAGAAACAAAAGAUCGUUUUCUGAAGCGGGAGUCAUUUGUUCACCACGAAGCAUUAUGUGUACGCCGUGUUGUUUCUCACAGCUGGCCUGCUGCUGUGGCUCCGCUGCUUGCUCCUGUUGCUGUAAAUGCUGCCCCAACAUCAAACAGUCAACAGGAACUCGCUUCAUGUAUGCGCUCUACUUCCUGUUGGUCACCGUUAUCUGUGUCAUCAUGAUGUCACCCACUGUGGACGAGGCCCUAAAAGAACAUAUCCCAUUUUACAGUGAACUGUGUGAAAAGCUGAACGUGGGUGAGAACUGCCAGACCCUGGUUGGUUAUUCGGCGGUUUAUAAAAUGUGCUUUGGAAUGGCCUGUUUCUUCUUAUUUUUUGCCCUCUUCACCAUACGUGUAAACAACAGCACUGGAUGCAGGGCAGCUAUACACAAUGGAUUUUGGCUGAUUAAGUUCAUUGUGCUGGUGCUAUGCUGCACUGGAGCCUUCUUCAUCCCUGAACAGGAAACCUUUCUGCAAGUUUGGCGCUAUGUGGGAGCUGGUGGAGGUUUUCUUUUCCUUCUCAUCCAGCUCAUGUUGUUGAUUGAGUUUGCACACAGGUGGAAUACUAACUGGAGUUCAGGGGUGAAGCACAAUCGUUUUUGGUACGCAGCCUUGGCCUUUGUGACUCUGAUGCUGUUCACUGCUGCAGUGGGAGCUGUGGUCUUCCUCUGGCUCUUCUACACUCACAAUGAGGCCUGUCUGCUCAACAAAGUCUUUUUAUGCAUCAACGGAAGUCUUUGCCUCAUUGUCUCCAUGUUGGCCAUUUCCCCUUGCAUACAGAAAUUGCAGCCAAAAUCAGGCCUGCUGCAGCCAGGGGUAAUCAGUGUCUAUGUGAUGUACCUCACUUUCUCAGCCUUCUCCAGCAAACCUAAAGAAACCCUGGAGAUUGAUGGGAGAAACCAAACGGUAUGUGUGUUUGAAUUCUCUGAAUCUGAGAGUGAGAGGAAGAUUGUCACCGGGAUUGGAACUGUCAUCCUGUUUGCCUGCGUCCUGUACUCAUGUUUGACAUCCACUACCAAGAGAAGCUCUGCUGCGCUGCGAGUUUACAGACAUAGUGAGCCAGAGAGUGAGAGAGCUCGUUGCUGUUUCUGUUUGGGAGAUGACACUGAUGAGUUUGAUGAGGAAAAGACCGGCUCAGGCCAGAAUGUGAUGUACGAUGAGCGUGAAAGGACAAUCUACAGCUACUCCUACUUCCACUUUGUCUUUUUUCUUGGCUCUCUGUAUGUUAUGAUGACAGCCACCAAUUGGUUUCAUUAUGAUGGGCACAAGAUCGAGAAGCUUCUGGAUGGAAGCGAGUCUGUGUUCUGGAUAAAGAUGGCGUCGAGUUGGGUCUGUCUGCUCCUCUACAUGGGGACCCUCAUAGCUCCCAUGCUCUGCCCAAAACGCUUUGAAGCCUAAGACCUAGUCCUCAAUCUGGGAUCAGCCAGUUCUGAUUCUCCCAUCACCAGACUGUAGGCUUCAGGCUGAGCCACCGAGGGACCACUGCAAUUCAAACUUUGACCUACCUUAAAACACAACCCGACACUACCCUCAGUGUUGCAAGUGGACUAUUGCCUUUUGAUUCUUAUUCUAGUAUUUGCUAUGUUAAGCUAAUACUUUGUUGGUUAUUUCUGUUAUUUCUACCUGUUGUUACUACCACUGACUUCUUAAAGUUUUUGUUACAUUCAUUCAUUGUUACAUUUGCAUUUUGAGAACUCUAGAUCUUUGUCAUAUUUUUUUUUUUUUGGUUUUGCUUUUUUCAUGUGUUUUUUAUAAAUUGCCUGACAUCUCAAACUUUAUCAAACCAUUGUUUUUACAUGUAAAAACUAAAGAGCUGAAGAGGUAUUUGAGUGUCUUUAUGUACCACUUUGUGAAGGAAACUCAUUCAAUAAUUGGAUGUUGUUGAAGUUGUUUAAGCUCAGGUUAAUCUAAACCUGUAUUUGUUUAUGCUUUUGUUAUAUUGUGCCCUUUUGUAGAUGUUUCUAUGCAAAGCUUUUUAUAUUAGAAAACCUGUGUUGUGAAUGUUUUUGGAUUUACCUGUGCUCCUUUUGAGCCUAAUCUUUUUGAAGGGAUGUCCUCUCCACCUGUACACUUUGUUGUCAGCUGUUUUAGGCAGUGCUUUUUUAAAUGAUCUGUGAAAACUGCACUAACAUAGUACUAUCUUUUACCAAAGUACGGGUUAGCAAACAUGUUUGUGUUUAAAAAAUCAAGGAAGUCUGACGUGUACUAGACAGGUAAGAUAAGUUUCCAUGCAGUGUCAACAGCCUUUUGCCUUUACUUUGUUACGUGUGGCUUUUACAGGUAGUAAUCAUGUAGCAAGAGUGUUUGUAUUUUAAAUUAUUCAACACUGGAUGUUGAUUUUACUGCCAAAUUGAAUUUAGACAUUCAUAUAUUCACAAGUUAUACAUUUUUUUUUGUAUUGUGUAUAUAUUGUGCAAGCUUCUAAUUUGACUGACUUACCCUCACUAAUAGGCUUUAUUUUAAGUUAUUUGUAGAUUUCAAUCAUACUUAAAGUUACAGUUACAUUAUAACUGAAAAUACAUUCAUGUAACCAAUAGUUUGAUCUCAGUGAAUAUAGAAACUGUGGUGCUCUACAUAAUACAGCCAUAGACUAGGUCAAAGAUGUGUUUACCAAAUACUGUACCUGUUCCCAUAUUCAUUUUUAAUAAAAAAAAAAAAAAAAAACCCAAAACAAUAUUGCAAAUGAUCAAUAAUGAUAAAGACGCUUCGCAUUCACACAGAGGUCCUUUUAGAAAAUAUGGAUGAGCAUUUAUUGAACACAAUGUAUUUUUAAUAUUCUGCAUGAAUGUAAAACUUGAGAUUUGUUUCAAAAGGAAAGAAAUAAAGCUGCUGGUAC